AUGAGAGCUAUCCUCCUUAGGCUGAGGCUGUGGGUGAAGAAGGUUCAGAACCGGAUUGAGAUAGACGAUAACUGGGAGACUUAUUACGGAGACGCUGUCUUCAACCCCGAUCGCUUUCCGGAUCCUAAAAGACUGUUCGAUGAUCUCAAGAACGAAGGCUAUCGAGUUACCGUAUGGAUACAUCCUUUCAUUAACGACGACUGUGACUCCUAUGCUUACGCUGACGAACACGGCUAUUUUGUGAAGUUGAGAACGAGGCCUAGAGGACUCGGAGGGCAACAGACAUCCCGGUGGCGGGGACGUCACUCGGGGAUCAUCACCAACCCCGCGGCGGCCGAGUGGUGGGGCGCGAGGCUCCUGAAGCUGCGGCAGGAGACGGGCCUCGAUAAUGACAAGUUCGACGCCGGGGAAGCGUCGUGGCUGCCGGAGGUUUUCACGCCCGGGGUCGACGAGAGGUUCUGGCCCAGUGCCUACACGUUUAAGUCUCCUCGGUUAGACCUCGUCUUGCCUGACAUGAACGGAGGCAACGCUUACGUCAUUAAACCAAGCGCGGAGUUGUUUGUAAGGUGGGCGCAGGCUAACUCUUUCAUGCCGAGUCUCCAGUUUUCUUUGCUGCCUUGGGACUUCGAUAAGGAGCAGACUAAUUUCGCCCCAAGCCCCAUGCUGAGGCCGACGUGGGGGCUCUGUCCCACCGAUGAGGACUGUCUCGUGGCCGACCAGCGUGAGUACUGUUAUCAGUUAAAGUGAGAGUAGUAAUCAGUUUGGUAGGCCAGCGAGAGUAUUGUUAUCAGUUAGAGUGAUAGCAAUUACAAGUGAUUGGUUUGAUAGCCCAGCGUGAUUGUUAUCUAUGUUAUCAGUUAGAGUGAGAGUGGUUAUCAGUGAUUUGUUUA